AUGGCGAAACCUGGAAUAGAUCCUGAAAGUCCUUACUACAUGCAUGCGAAUGAAAGUCCUGGAGCAAUUCUUGUCUCAGUCAAAUUAAAUGGAGAAAAUUAUCAUCCAUGGUCAAGAUCUAUGUACAUGGCUCUGAAGUCCAAGAACAAGGAACAGUUCAUUGAUGGAACUAUUAUCAAGCCUCCAAAAGCAGACCCAAUGUUUAAAGCCUGGGAUCGAUGCAAUACAAUGAUAUUGUCUUGGCUAACUCAUUCUUUAGAACCAGAAAUUACAGAGAGUGUUUUAUGGAUUGACAAUGCAUUAGAUGUGUGGAAAGAUCUUCAAGAUAGGUAUUAUCAAGGUGAUAUGUUUAGAAUAAGUGAUUUGCAAGAAACGAUUUAUAUGCUUAAGCAAGGAGAUCUAACAAUAACUGCAUAUUACACUCAAUUGAAGACACUUUGGCAGGAAUUAGAUAAUUUUCGUCCCAUACCAACAUGUAAAUGUGCAGUAGCUUGUAAUUGUGAUUUGUUAUCCAUUGUAAGAUCUUAUAGAGAAAAUGACUACGUGAUUAGAUUCCUAAAAGGAUUGAAUGAGCAGUAUUCAUCUGUUAGAUCUAAUAUCAUGCUCAUGGAGCCUCUACCUAACAUUACUAAGGUAUUUUCUCUAUUGAUUCAACAAGAAAGACAAUUCAAUUCUGUAAUUGAUGACAGCAAAGCUCUAGCCGUUAUUGAUCAACAAGGCUUUCGGGGAAGACCUCCCAACAGAGGAGGAAGAGCUGGCAGAUUUAUUAGAGGAGGAAGAGGUCAUAAUAGUAAGGUUUGUACCUACUGCAACAAACUUGGCCAUACAAUUGAAACAUGUUACUGGGGGAUUCGGCCAACAAACUCCCACAGAUAA